GGUGCCUUGGCUCCCAUGCCCUAGCCCGCCCGCUUCGCUGCUGGUGGUUCUUGCUCCGGCCUGCGAUGUCGUGGGGCCGGAUGCGGCCGGCGGGGAAGUCGCCCAGGAUGAAGCCCGAGCAGCCGCCGUUGGUGGUCCUAGACGAGGACGACGCGGAUGACGGCGCGGAUGACUCGGAGGUUUUCAUCAUCAACGACCCCGCGGAGAGGGCCCGUGCCGCGGCGGCGUGCAAUAGCAAGAAGGGGAACAGCUCUAGCAGCAAUGUGAUCAACCUAGAUGAUGAUGAUGAUGAUGAGGACGACGAGGGGGGCGGUGGCGGCGAUAGGGCAGGACCCAGCACCGCGGCUGCUGGCGGGUCUCCGGCCACAGCAACUCCCCCUGGCCAUGCUGCUCCCAGAAACAGAUAUGGGCUGGAUUAUGUGUCCGACAGCGACCAGAGUGAUCUGUCCGAAGGAUCAGAUUCGGACUCGGACAGUGACGACAGCUCGGAUUGUGAGAUUCUGCCCUCGGUGGCGGCUCGUGGGCCGUGGGAGAGGGCUGCUUCUAGAAGAAUGAUGCAUCACCCUCCCCCGCAGCAGCGCAAAGGUGGCAGGGCUAGCACUUCCGCGUCAAGUGCCGAGUCAAGUACACACCACGGCGAAAAUCCAGAUAACCUCUUUGCUUCAGGGUCUCCUCUAGAUGACAGCUUCUGGGAGCAGUAUGUGUUCAACCCGGCUGGGCCAAUUGGUACCAGUGGUCCGCAGUAUGGCGCUAGCCCUUCUUCAGCGCCAAAUGCAGCCAACGAAUCUCCGGUGGGUGUUGAUUCCAGCGGAAUACAAACUGAAGGUCGCAAUCCCGCUGGCAGUUUGGAUCCUGAUAUGGCUUGUAAUGAUGAAGCAGAUCACUCCGACAAGGGCCCUGUUCCUGAAAAAGCCCCACAACCAAGUCCUCCUCCUCACCCAGAUGACACCCUGAAUCCUCAAGGGUGCACGGGCUUUAGCUUCAUCCCCAAAAACAGGGUUUUCCCUGCAUGCUCGGCAGAUUGGAAGGAUGACUCUCCUAUGUUUGUCAGCACUCCUGAAAGGAUGGAUGAUCCUGAAAAGUUGGGGCGACUGGCUGUUCUCCCAGAUGGUCCGGACUUUCAGGAUGGUUUAAUUGGUGCUCGUGAAAAGCACAAGGAAUCUGAUGAGUAUAAAAGGGCACAAGAGGAGGAGUGGGCAUCCAGGCAGCGUCAGUUAGCAAUACAGGCUGAGGAGGCGAAGGAGGCAAAGCGGUUGAGAAAGAGAAAAAAGGCUGAAGCUUUACGACAGCUUGACAUGGAGAAGAGACAAAAGCAACGAGUUGAAGAAGUUCGUGAAACACAACGAAAGACUGAAGAAGAUACACAGCUGAAGGAGCAGUGUCGAGGGGCAGUAAGAUUGGAGCUCGAAAAUUUGGAAAGGACAUGCAGAGAUGUGUCUUCGAUUUUGCGUGCAUUAGGCAUCCCUGUUGAAGGGGGCGAGGUUAAAGGUGCUUAUAAGCGAGCCCUUUUGAAAUUCCAUCCGGACAGAGUAUCACGAACGGAUAUUUAUCAACAGGUGAAAGCAGAGGAGACGUUCAAGUUUAUUUCGCGCUUUAAGGAGAAGCUCAAGCUGUAGUUUUCCUGCUAAGAGGGUUAUAGGAGGAUUAUCUUUUUGAUUGAUAGGCUGAAAUCCCGUCAGCAGGUCAAGCUGCGGUAACUGAUGUUGAAGGGAAAACAGUGUAAUCCUUAGAAUUAGUGCAGAGUAUUAUAUCUGUCAUUUUGAGUCCUUUCGUUUAUUUGUUGUGUCUAGGAUGGUGUUUCUCUCUGAUGGUAUGGAAAAUGUUUAUAGGUGUGGCAGAAGGGUCGUUUUUACUGAUGUUGCUUCAGUUAACUGGCAGAGUACCAACCUGUUCCCUUGAGGAAGAUGGUUAGUUUUACUACCUGUUUCCUUGCAACUUGUUCUGCAGAAAUUAUACAUGUAAUAUAAGUAUGGAAUGGUUACUUGCUUCUCCCAA